UUAAUAAAUAUGCCACUGUAUAUGAAUCGCAGUUUGAUAACUGGUAAGUCGAAAGUAAUAUUUAAGGAAACGUAGCUAGUAUUUGAUGUGAAGCACAUAUGUAGGAGAGCAUCGUCCAUCACCCAUCACUAUCCGAUGCACGAUCAGUUUUUUGAGGGGGUGGAGGGAAAGCACGUCGGCCAUUUUGAUGGUGACGCGCAGCGCGGAGGUCGUGGGCUCCACCAGUGACGAAGCCACUGGAGUUUUGACGUGGCUGCUACGUACCUGCCCGUUUGCCCACUCCGAUUGCAGCAAAGUUGGUGACGAGAAAUACGUAACUGUACAAUCAGUUUUACGUCUGCUAUGGAAUAUGCCGUAAAAUAUGGCGCCUUAAGGAAGAUGUAUGAAUUUCUCGAAAAGGGCAAUGGGGGUUACGUGACAAUUCUGACAUCUCUUUUCACCAAUAACCGACUCACCGUGAUGCCAAUCGGGUUUGAGGUCCCCAGGCUAUGGAAAGUAUGGUUGAGGAAAAUGGAUCAGCUGUUGACCCAUUGUCUACGGGUUCUCAAAGUGGCGAUGCAGCACCAGCGAUAGCUACAUCGGUACAAUCUCUCAAUAGAACACAGCAGCAAACUCAUCAUCUGGUAGCUUCUACCAGCAUUGUGCAACUGACACUACCUACGUCAGGGGCAACACAGGUACAGUCUGUUAUACAACCUAAUCAACAAUCAGUAAUUCAAACUGCAACGAACAUUCAACCUGUUGCUAUUUCAAAAGGAAAUGUCAUACUUGUGAGCAAACCCAACUCUGUCAUACAAACAGCCCAAGCAAGUUUACAAACACUUCAGGUGGUUGAAACUGGUAGUGAUGAUAGUUUCUCAGAUUCAGAAGAAUCUCCAGAACAAAGGGGAGGAAUUCUUACCCGACGACCUUCUUACAAAAAAAUUCUCAAUGACUUAGGUGGUGGUGAAAUUACAGACGGUCGAUUGCCCCCUCUAGAAUCAUCUUCUGAGUGUGAUUCUAACGUGGACAGUGAAGUGUCGUCCCAUUCGCUUCAUUAUCAGACAGUAAUUCCUGCUGGAACCAUACAAAUUGCAACUCAAGGGGAAGGUGUGCCUGGACUUCAUACAUUAACUAUGAGUAAUGCAGCAACUGCAGGUGGAGCUAUAGUACAGUAUGCACAAGGCCAAGAUACACAAUUUUUUGUCCCAGUCUCUGACAAUGUUCCAGCUUACACAGGACAUGGUGUUGUAGUAGAAGAUGCAGCUAGAAAAAGAGAAUUAAGGUUGCUUAAAAAUAGACAAGCAGCCCGCGAGUGUAGAAGGAAAAAGAAAGAAUAUAUAAAGUGUCUAGAAAACCGUGUUGCGAUAUUGGAAAAUAGAAAUCAGACGUUAAUAGAAGAACUCAAAUCGUUAAAACAGCUAUGCGAACCGAAAACUGACUGAGGUUGGUGUUUAAUGUUGAAACAUUGUAUGAAAACUAUUAAUCUGCUAAAAAAUUUGUACAUGUCUUCUUUAUGUACAUUAUCCUAAACAUUGUUAGGUAAGCGAUGGUGAUGUACAUGCAUUCUUAUAAAUAAGUGUUUCUGUAACAUACUGUAUUUAAAAUGCGAAUAUGAAGGCUUGUGAAACUUGCUGUUACUAAAGCGAGAAGCCAAAGGUAUAUGAAAUGCAGAGGCAGCAAACUUAUAGGCAAUAUUCUGGAAGUCAAUCUAUAUUUUGGAUAAACUUAACAAUCAUAUAAAUUUAGGUUAUUAACGUUUACAUUUUCAAAAAAUGUGUUGAUAACCAGACGAUAAUAUUAACGUUUGGAAUAUAUUCAUUUAGAUUACAGUGACUAUGUGAUGUUGAACGGAACUGUUUUACUCACACAUAAAUAUUGUAUCCAUGUAGUUUCAUUCUAUUCGAAAAAAAAUUUACAUUAGUAAAAAAGUGAAAAGAAUUAUAAAAAACAAGAACCCGAGAGUAUAUUUAGUAGUCAAUUUAUAAUAAAUAAUUGGUCGCUAAAAAAUACACAUACUUGAGGAAAACGCCUUAUACACAAUAUUUGCUAGUGUAACUUAGAAAUUAGAUACAGCUACGAAUUAAAAUCACAUAGUUUCUGCAUUAAAAAAAAAGAGCAUAGUUGUUAGACAAUAGUAUCUGUAUAAUUUUUUUCCAAUUUCUCUAUUCUUUUAUACUUGAAAGAGACAGGUCCAUUAAAAAAGUGCAUCUAUUAGAGGU